AUGAAGGUCAAACCAUCUAGAAAGACAUACGCCAAACCCUCAGAAGAUGUCGUCAAGUACGUCGACGAAAUCGCAAAGGCGACAGACGAUCAGCUCGUCGGACUUUUGGCGAGCUUGGACGUCUGGCGCUUCGCUCGUGGCGACCUUCACGCCUGGAUACCUGCCCUCGACCGGUUCGAUACCACGCUAGAGGUCAUCGUGAAGAACUAUGAACUCGACAGACCUCAACUCAAUCCCUUCACCCCCCUGGAUCAACGGCUCCUGCUCGAAGUCCUUCGGGUCUACCGCCUCUUGCUGGAAAAUUGUACCAGCAGGAAAUUGUUCGCCUCCUACGAUCGAUGCUUUGACCUUCUCUGCACCACCGAUCUCGCCGUACUCCAAGCAACCCUCUUUGUCCUCCUCCGUCCUGCUCAGCAAUACCUCUCCGACACCCCAAUGGACGCAAGUCUAAAGAUCAGACUUCGCCACCGUCUACUAUCCCUCUCGCGCGGAUGGGACAAGCUCAAGACACACGGGUGGGACGUGGUGUCUCUGGCGUCCAAGGAGGACUUUGAGUCUCCCGGGGACCCUGUCACCAUUUCAUUCUACCCCAAGAACGCCGCUAGCUCUUCCAAGGGCGAUGCGUCGGUGACGAUGGACCUCUCGGGUCUGUCUCAGCAUAUGUAUGCGGACGAACUGGCGGAAAAAGCAAGGGAUAGCGGGAUGCCAGUGGAGGAGCACUUUUCGGCCUCUAUCGCGCUUCGGAUAUCGUUCAUGCAGGACCGGACGGAGAGGAGGGGGCUUCUCGCCGCUCGGCUCAUGGCCAUGGCUGCCUUUGUCUGCCUGACCCGAGAAGAAGCCGUCAACAAUACCCUCUGCCUAUACGAGCCGGACGUCGUUGCGGAAAUCAGCGAACUCCUCCUCCCCUCCCGCGAUGUCAGCGAUCCGGUCCGCUGCAGUGCCCUCCUCGCCCUUGACGGUUUCGCUCACCACAAGACCCGUCUCGUCGAGGUCCUCACCUCACUCAACAUCAGCGCAAACUACGGAGUCUUCAUCACCCUCCUUCGCUCCAUUGCCAAGAAUGAGCACUCGCUGGAUCUUGCUGACGCAAUGUUGGGGUUCCUCGGGUUCCUCAUCAGCAGUCCGGCGCACAAUGCCGUCCUCGUCGGUGCAGGGGGACUCACCACCCUCCUGGACUUCCUCAAUAUCGAGGAUGACAAGCGGGUCAACUAUAUUCCUCGGGUUUGCGGGAUCAUCGACAAUAUCGUCCUCACAAACCAGCAGGCGCUAUCCACCUUCACCGGGAUCGACGGUGUAAAUACCAUCGUUUCACGGAUCAAGGCGGAGAUUGAUCGGCCGAUCGAGAUGCCGGUCCAGAAACGGGUGCUGGUCUCGGAAGACUGCAUGGUCAGCUGGGUGAUGGCGCCGCUCAAGGCGCUGUUGCGCACGGUGCAGCGCCUGAUGCAGGCGUCAGGCGGGACGGACGGAUUGCGGAAUUUGGUGGACGGGGAUCUGCCCAAGGCAAUCAAGCGGAUCUUUGAGGAGCAUGCCAAGUACGGCCCGAGAGCCUACUCGAUCGCCAUCAACGUCAUGGCCACCUUCAUCAACAACGAGCCCACCUCAUUGAGCAUCCUCCAGGAGCUCAAACUCCCCCAGACUCUUUACGAGCAGCUCGAAAAAUCUAUUCCCACCUCCACCGACGUCCUCAAUUCGGUCCCCAACGCCAUCAGCGCCAUCUGCCUGAACGCAAGCGGUCUCACCCUUACAACGGAGCACUCGGGGAUCAUCGUCAAGCUCGUCAACUCGUGCGUCGCGCCGGCGGCCACCGAUCACGUCUCACAGCAGACCGGCGGAGCGCUAGAGGAAUUGGCACGGCAUCAGCCGCCUUUGCGGGAUGUGAUCGUCAAGGCGGCGCUGGACCUGCUCCUGGCGACCCUGAAGGAAGGACAGGACUUCCAGAUCCCAGAGGACAAGCAGCAUCUCUACAUGCUGGACAAACUCCCUAAGGAUGGCAAGAUCCCCAAAGAGGCGCCAUCCAACCCGGCUCUCGAGAAACUCAGCAAAGUCAUCCAAUUCUUUGAGGGAUUCCUCCGAAACGCGAUGAUCUGCAAGGAGCUCGUCAAUGAUAACAACAUCCUCGAGCUGUUUCUAUCGGUCUCGAGCCUCCCGUGUGUACCGACUCGGUGGGGAACGACCGAUGCGGCUCACCACCUAUCGCAUGUCUUCCGCAUCAUAGGCGAGCAUGAUCACCUCGCCCUCGCCGAGCAUGUCAUGGAUGGAGUCGACGCGGGGCUCAAGGCUUCAGAUCAGCUCUUUGCGCCGGAAUCCCACCAUAUAUGGAUGGCGUUCCACAAGGGCGAGGCGACACCGGAACAGCUGCAAUCCUUCAAGCAGCUCCGGUCGGCCGUCAUUCGCCUGACCUACCUCGGCGAGUCGUUCACAGGUCAAUCCUUCUCCCAUGCUCGUACCGCCACGUCCCUCGCCAAGAUCCUUCGCAAAGCGCCAACAUUCGUUCGGAAUCUCGGCUACCUGCACCGAGCGGCGGUCCGCGUCCACGCCAUCCUGCGUGAGGAUGGCCCGAUCAACGAGGUGGACUUGGUGGAAGCGGACAAGGAGAAUGGCAAGGAGAGCGGAGCCAAGUUUAUGGCGACACGGAUAUUUGCCGUUUCGGACAUGUUCUUCAGGGCCUCUAUUCGACUCCUCUUUGUCAAGCGCAACCCGGAUGGCAGUCAUGCCCAUGAAGCCCGGAAGCUCUCUGACCUCAUCGCGGAUGUCCUCGUUGCCGAUGUCGACGUACAAGACUACCAGCUGGUAGAGGGGAAGGAAACGGCGAUCCGGACUUUUGCUCUUGGCUCUGCGGUGUCUCUUCUGUUUGAUGAACGCGGAUACGAGGGCUACUUCAAUACCAUCCUCUUGGUCGCUUUCGUCAAGAAGGGCGGGCUGAAAGCAAUGGAGAAGCUCUGCCGGGACCUCCUGCAGGGCAUCACGACCGGUACGGAAACGCGGAACGGAAUCGACAGCAACCUCCUCGUCGUCACCAUUCUAUCCGGCUUUGUCAACCCCCGGUCCAUCAUCGAAUCGCCUCAAAGCGCAUCCCUCCAAGCUUCCACCCAUGUCCCGCUAUUCUCCCCCAGCGAGCUCCUCGUCCGUAUCCGGGCCAAGCUCUUCCCGGUCAUCCGCGAGGUAUGGAACGCAGAAUGGCUGCUUUCUGCCAAGCAGGAAACUGUCAAGCUCGCCAUCAAGGCGUUCUUAUCCGUCAUCGAAGCCAAGGCGGAGACGGACAUGGCCGCGCCAGUACCCCUCCAAGUACCAGCGGCGGCUAUACCCGUCCCUCGCGUCCGCCCCGCCGCAACUCCCGCUCUCGUCGACCAGCUCGUCGACAUGGGCUUCGGUCGAGGUGCUGCUGUCUCUGCCUUGAUGCGUGCGCACAACAAUAUCGCAGCAGCUGCGGAGCUCAUCCUCAGCGCUCCGCACAUCUACGCCGAUAUGCCCGAGCCUGCUGCACCGGCCGCAGCUGCCGCGCCCGCCGCUGCGGAUGCCGCUCCUGCUCAACCAGAGGCUGAGGGGUCGGCCGCCCAGUCUCCAGCUGCCGAGGUGGACGACCCGAUGGGAGCCGCCCCAGCGGCCAAAGACGACGUCGCUGCUCUCAGAGCCACACUGGACUCGGAGAGGCAGGCGAGUAAGGAGGGAAUCGCGAUGCGGGGAAUGAGCAUCAUGGAUCACUCGGAAGACCUGAUCUUCCAACUGCUCCCCGCCUUCCCCGCCGGCCAGGACGGAGUCCGCUUUGUUCUGGACCGACUGGAAGAGGUCUCGAAGGACGACGAAAGCUCUAAAGCACUCUCUGCUCGGCUUCGACUCGGCGUCAUCACUCUCAACACCUUCAGCGCGGAGGUCACUCCUCAGCUCCAAAGCCGAGCUCAGGACGCCAUGGGCUCGAUCAAAAUCAACUCCGGUUCAGCCCGCCCAGCCUGGACGGCCGGCUAUCUCCUCUUUGGCGAGACCCUACUUCGGCUUUCGUCCACCAUCAAGGAGGCCAAGCUCGGCGGAGACGGUACGGCGGCGAUUGUCUCGGAGAAUGACUUUGUCGAGCUCCGGGAGACCCUCUUCACGCUCAGCAUUUCGCUGGUCGAGGACCCGGAGAGCUCUCGUCCAGACUUGCUGGCCGCUAUGCGCAUGCUCGUAAUCCUCUCCAGGAAGGACGCCGGUAUCAUCCAGAAACUCCCGGUCAUCCUCGCUGCUUUUGCCAAGCCGUCGGCCCGGCUGCGGGACUGCCACCCGCUCCUCGCCCUCAUCAUACGGCACGCCUUUGAGGACACCGCUACGCUCACGGCUGUCAUUCGUCGGGAGAUCCAAGCGUGGACCUCGCCAGCCCGAAACAAGGUCACGGACAUCACCCACUUUGUUCGACAGCUUCGGCAAUCAGCCUUCCGGGCACCAGACAUCUUUGCCAGCUUGGUCGAGGCGGAGUGUACCCUUGUAGAUCCCACUCCCCUUACGUCGGUCUACCAUAUCCGGAGCAAAAACGCCGAUAAGCCUGCCGAGGCUUCCGACCCGUUCAAAGACAAGCCGACCAACGAGUCGGGUAAGGCGGUCUUUGAGACCUUGCUUUCCGAGCUCAACAAGGCGGUCGCUAUCGUCCGGGCCGGGGAGGGAGAGCAAAAGGACAAGGAGAGUACGCUCAACUAUGUCGGCCUCCUCGUUUCCCUCAUCACCGAGGUGCUGGGGUCGUACGUCCCAGCCAAGCAAUCCUUUUUGACUGUCCUUCGAUCGACCGGCGAAAAGUCCAAAGGGAUCAGCGGACUCCUCGCGGACCUCGUCGGCGACAUCUCGCUCAAGGACACUGGGGAUGCCGUACGCACGCCGGAGUCCGAGACGCGCGUAACCCUCUCCCGGUGGGGCUCGUCUAUGGUCAUCGCACUCUGCUCGGACAUUGCCACUACCCACGACAUCAAGGAUCUUCCGGAAGAUCUCAUCUCGGUCCGCAAGCAGGUUCUCGAUGCCAUCUCCAAGGCUAUCAAGGAGAGCGGCAGCAUCGCCGACCUUGACGCUCGGUACGGUCGACUCCACGCUCUCGGUGAGCUCACCUACCGACUGCUCGUGUCCCGCCCGGCGGUCGCAGCCAAGCAGGACGAGUCCGGCACACACAUCGCCAAGACCAUGAUUGAGAAGAACUUUGUCGGGACUCUCACUACCGCUGCGGGCGAGGUGGAUCUCAACUUCCCAGAAGUCAAGGGAGUCCUUGGCUCGCUCCUCAAGGCACUGGAGUACCUGUCCAAGAUGUCCAUCAAGUGGAGCAAGUCGGAUAAGCGCAAGGUGGAGCAGCGGAAUGAAGAGGGCACAGAUACCGAGUCUGAAGAGUCUGGUAUGGACUAUGAUGAGGAGGAAGAAGAGGCGCCGGAUCUUUACCGCAAUUCUGCGCUUGGAAGACUGAACGGUGGCGUGGAAGAGGAAGAGGACGGGGACGACGAUGAGGAGGACGAAGAUAUGUAUGGGGACGAAGGGAUGGACGACAUGGACGAUGGUACUGGGAGCCAACCCUUGACGGACGAAGAUGACGAUGAUGAGGACGAAGAUAUGGGCGAGGGGGAGGAUGACUGGUCUGACGAAGACGAAGAAGAUGAGCUCGAAUCGAUGGGCGGAGACGCGCCUAUCUUUGAGGCGGGCGCCAUCAUGGCUGGAGGCGAUCCGGAGAAUCCCGACGACCAGUGGGACGUCGACGAUCAAGCCGAUAACGAGGACUUGCUCACCGAUGAGGAGGGCGAGGGGCCAUUCCCGGAAGAUGAAAUGUAUGACGAAGAAGGCGAGGAGAUUAUGGAUGACGAGGAGGGGUAUGACGACUUUGAUCUCAUGGACAAUUACCCCGAAGAGGCGGACGUCUGGGGGGACGCCCCGCCAGAGCCGAUGGGACCUUGGGGCUGGGAACAGCCUGGAGCAGCCCGAGGUGGCUCUCGACCAGGUCGCAGCGAGGAGGACGUUAUGUCUGCCUUGUACGGCGGUCCGCCUCGGCCAGCGCCUUCGGCUGCGAUCGCGGCUCAUCCGCUCGUCGCACCACCUGCAGCACCCGCUGCGUCUCGGCGUCUUCCGCGCGGUCUCGGCGGCGCUAUCGGUCUCGAUGCGUUGCUCCGGCACAUCCAAAGCAGCGGAGCAACGGAGGCCAUGGCAGCUAUCGACUCAAUCACCAACCAGCACCGCUACUCCGGCGGCGAGCCGGUCCGGAUCGACCUCACCCAGGAACCAGACGGGGCUAUCAACCUUCGGAUCGGUCCUCGGAAUUACCGCGUACCAGCUGCUGGUGCGCCACGCGUCGAGACGGAAGUUUCGUCCGAGUUUAUCCCCCGGCCUACCACCCAAAGGUGGCAGGAAGAAUACUCCAUCAUCCCCGGCCGAGAUCUGUCAGCUAGUCUAGUGAUUCACCUCAUCAACCGUAUGAUGCCCGAGGCGAGGCGUAUCGCGGCGGAAGAAGCGGCAAAGCAGGAGAAGGAGAACGAGGAGGCCGAAAAGGUCCGGCAAGCGGAGGAGAAGGAGCGAUUGGAGAAGGCGACCAGGGAAGAAGCUGAGGCGGAGGCGAAGCGACAAGCCGAGGCGAAGAAGUUGGCGGAAGAUUUGGCUGCGGCCGCGGCGGUUGCUCUCCCACAGUCUCGUCCUGCGACUGUGCCCCCCCUUCUGUCGGACGAUAUCGAGAUGGGGUCAGCCGAGGCUGGUCCGUCAGGCUCGACCGCAGAGGUGGCCGCACCCGCCGCUCCCGUUGCUUCCUCUGAAGCGGGACCAUCAUCAGCUGCCGGACCGUCCGAUGCGAUGGUUAUUGACGGCGAAGCACCUGCGGCGGAAGCAGCGCCCGCGGAGAGCCUGGCUCGAACCGUCAUCCAGGUCCACGGCCGGGACAUCGACAUCACGGACACCGGUAUCGAUCUCGAGUUCCUCCAAGCUCUUCCGGAUGACAUGCGCGCCGAAGUCAUCGACCAGCACAUGCGGGAGCAAGCUCGGCACCAACGCCCCGCUGCAAGUGCUGCUGCGCCCAACGCCCCCGCUGCGUCCUCGCAGAUCAAUCACGAGUUCCUGCAGGCUCUCCCGCCUAGUAUCCGGGCGGAGGUGCUCAUGCAAGAAGCGGUCGAGAAUGCUCGGCGGAAUCGUCCUGCUCCCGCUGCUGCCCCAGCUGCAGCGCCGGCGGCAGCUGCCAAUCCGCCCCCGAUCCCCGAUCUUUUGGGCAUGGCCGGCUUCGAUGCCGGGCUGCUUGCCGGCUUUGACGAGCUGCUCAUGCAGGGAUUGGCUGGCUUGCCAGCUGGUCUCGGCGGACCGCGUCUAGGCGGCCAUCGACCGCCAGCCAUUGGCCGUCUUGGCGGGCCGGCGCAAGGCGUGCCGGAUGAUGCACCGGUACCUUCCAAACGGCCUCAUCGGGAAUCACUCCAACUACUCGACAAGAACGGGAUCGCCGCGCUCGUCCGGCUCCUCUUCUUCCCCGAAGCUUUCCGCAAGGCGAAUCUCUUCCGCAUUCUCGUCAAUCUCUGCGAGAACUCGACCACCCGGGCGGACCUGCUCAACCUUCUCAUCUCGGUGGUUCAGGAUGGGUCGGGCGACCUCCCUGCUGUAGAUCGGAGCUUCCAGCAAAUGUCGCUUCGCGGUGUCGCCACGCCCAAGAUGACGCCCAAGGUCAAGGCACCGGAGACCCCCGGCCCCAUUGCGCUCCCCAUCUUUGCGCAUCUUCAACCGGAAAAUAUCCCCACCUUCAUCGCGCAACGGUGCUUCGAGGCGUUGACGUACAUUGUCAGCGCGAACCAGCAGGCCGUGACCUACUUCCUCACGGAGCAUGAGCAGGCGAUCGGACUGCGCAAAGCCCCGUCCAGGAAAGGCAAGGGCAAGGAGAAGCUCCUUCCGCAGACCAAAUACCCGAUCGUCAUCCUGUUGGGUCUGCUUGACCGGCCGGUCUUGCUCAAGACCAACACGAUGAUGGAGUACAUUACUCAGCUAUUGUCGGCCAUCACGCGGCCGUUGACGGCGCUCAAGCAGGACAAGAAGGAAGAGGAGAAGGCGGAGGAAGUAAUGGAGACGGACGCGCCAGCGGCUGCCUCUGCAACGGUCGCUACACCCGCUGCAGCCGCGCCCGAGACACCCGCUGUCGCUGCUGCUGUCCCAGCUCCUGACACUGCCGGUCCAUCCACCGCCCCCGUCGUCGCUUCGCCCACCACCCUCACAAAACCCCCUAUUAUUCCCGCCAACAUACUCCGGCUCGUCGUCAACUGCAUGACCACCGGGGAAUGCUCGAGCCGGACUUUCGGGCACAGCCUGAUGCUCAUGCAGAACCUCUGCUACGUACCGGACGGCAAGGAGAUCAUCGUCCAGGAGAUCCGCGCCAAGUGCAAGGAGCUCGGCCAGCAUAUCCAGGCUGGCUUGCUAGACCUCGCAGCGGAGCUCGAGACGGCCUCGGAAACCGGCAAGACCGAUAUGGUCAGCAAAUUUUCGGCGGCGUCAUCCCACCAGGCCCAACUCCUUCGUCUGCUCAAAACGGUAGACUUUUUGCACACGCACAAGGCGGCCGACGUUGACGUGGCGGCCGAGACGUUGUCGGAGAAUGAGCAAAAGGUGGCGGAUAUCUUUGCGUCGUUCCAGUUUGAGGGGAUGUGGGAGCGGUUGGGGACGUGUCUCAAGGUGGUCGAAAAGACGGAGAGCACCGGGUCGGUCGCGGUCGUCUUGUUGCCGCUCAUUGAGGCGUUGAUGGUCAUCUGCAAAUACCGACCCAAACGCGCCGGCCGAUCACCGUCCGUCCCACUCCCAGGGACUAUCGAGCCCAAUGACCUCUUUGUGGCAUUCACCACGGCCCAUCGGAAAGUCCUCAAUGCGAUCGUCCGGAACCACCCAUCCCUCCUCUCCGGCUCAUUCUCGCUCCUCGUCCGCAACUCGCGAGUCCUCGAAUUUGACAACAAGCGGAAUUGGUUCUUCCAAAAGCUCAAGCGGAAGAAGGACCACCACGCUGGAAGUGCCCUACACCUCAACAUCCGGAGGCAAUAUGUCUUUGAAGACAGUUUCCACGCGCUACAGAGGCGGACAGGGGAUGAGAUCAAGUAUGGGAAACUCAACAUCAAGUUUUACCAUGAGGACGGUGUGGAUGCGGGUGGUGUGACGAGGGAAUGGUACUCUGUGCUCGCGAGGCAGAUCUUUGAUCCCAACUUUGCCCUCUUUGAGCCUUGUGCUGCGGACGCGCAGACCUACCAACCCAACAAGGCCUCGGCGGUCAACGGCGAACAUCUCGCCUACUUCAAAUUCGUCGGCCGAGUCAUCGGUAAAUCCAUCUACGACGGCCGUCUCCUCGACGCCUACUUUAGCCGAGCAUUCUACAAGCAGAUCCUCGGCCGGGACGUCGAUAUCCGCGACCUGGAGUCUAUCGACCCAGAGUACCACAAAUCCCUCACGUGGAUGCUGGAGAAUGAUAUCACGGGCGUCAUCGAGUCGGAGUUUACGAUUGAGGAUGACCAGUUUGGGGAGAAGAAGAUUGUCGAGUUGAAGGAAGGGGGAGCCAAGAUUCCGGUCACGGAGGAGAACAAGGCGGAGUACGUCAGGCUGCAGGUGUCGUACCGCCUUGACAACUCUAUCAAGGAGCAAAACAAGGCGUUCCUCGAAGGCUUCUACGAUGUGAUCCCUCGACACCUUAUCGAGAUCUUCGAGCCGGACCAGCUCGAGCUACUCAUUUCGGGUAUCACCACGGUGGACGUCGACGAGCUCAAGAAUGCCACGCAGAUGAGCGGAUGGAAAUCGACCGAUCCGGAGAUCGCUUGGUUCUGGCGCGCACUACGGUCAUUCUCGCAAGAAGAACGCUCGCGCUUCUUGAUGUUUGUCACGUCGUCCUCGCGGGUUCCGCUCGGAGGGUUCACGCAGCUCCAGGGGGCGUCGGGGAUCCAGCCAUUCCAGAUUCAAAAGCUUUACGCCAAGGAUGGAAGUCUACCCCAAGCGAGUACAUGCUUCAACCUCCUCCUUUUGCCGAAAUACGAGUCGUAUGAGCAUCUCAAGGAUAGGUUGAUGUUUGCCGUGACGGAGACGGGCGGGUUCGGGAAGGCGUAG